UGGCUGAAAAUGAUCCAAUGGACCAGUCAACCCACCAUGUAGCCAUUGUGUUUCGAAAUAAGUCUGAGUUUGAAUGAUACCAGAGGAUCACAGUACAACCAUGGAAAAUGAUGACAGCCAUGCUCCUUGGUUAGAUGGCAAUGAAAGCAUGAUGAUGAUGAUAAUGAUGCAAUCUUUCUGAUGUGAAUGGGUUCCUCAACACUGGAGGAUGUGUUUGACUGCCUCUUCGUCCCUUCUUGUCUUCCUUGUAUGUGAGCCACGGCAUGCUUCGUCUGAUGGUGCCGCUGAAAUCCACCAUGAAUGAUGAGCAGAACCUGAGGAACAAUGCAUUGGCUUGGUUGACCUGUGCAGGGGUCUCACUCCUAGCGAAUACAUGGGGACUCCUGAGUGUAAGUGCCAAGCAAAAGAAAUGGAAGCCUCUUGAGUUUCUGAUCUGUACACUGGCUGGCACACAUAUCCUUAAUUUGUGCAUUCCCAUCACCAUGUACUCUGUAAUCCAACUUCGUCGUUAUUACUCUGACUAUGAAUGGAAUGAGGGACUCUGCAAAGUCUUUGUUUCAACAUUUUAUACUUUGACUCUUGUUACCUGCUUCUCUGUAACCUCUUUGUCCUAUCAUCGAAUGUGGAUGGUCCGCUGGCCAGUAAACUACAGAUUAAGCAAUACUAAGAAACAAGCUGUUCACACAGUGAUGGGGAUAUGGAUGGUGUCGUUUAUUCUUUCUACACUUCCGGCUGUUGGAUGGCAUGAUACCACUGAGCGAUUCUAUACCAGGGACUGCCGGUUCAUUGUCACAGAGAUUGGUUUGGGAUUCGGUGUCUGCUUCUUGCUCCUUAUCAGUGGCAGUGUGGUUAUGGGUGUUAUAUGUAUGGGGAUUGCCCUUUUCCAGACCUUCUCAAUCCACACAGGUCACAUCGAUAAGAACAAAUUCAAUGUUCCCAGCAUUGUAGUGGAAGAUGCCCAGGGCAAGAGGAGGUCAUCUAUUGAUGGAUCCGAACCUCUGAAAACCUCACUGCAAAUCACUUAUCUGAUAACUGCAAUUGUAUUUAUCUAUGAUUUUCUAACAGGAUUCCCUAUACUGGUGGUGAGCGUUGCAAGUCUGAAGUAUGAUGCUUCCUAUAACUGGAUGGUUCUGUGUGUCCUGUGGAGCUCAAUCAUUCAGUCCCUUCUGCUUCCUAUCUUUCUAUGGGCUUGUGAUCGAUACAGGGCAGACAUCAAGACUGUCUGGGAAAAGUGCGUAGCAAUUAUGUCCAAUGACGAUGUCGAUGAUGAGAACAGUCAAGAUGGAGGCAUUCAUCCUGACUUAAUGUAUGAGAGCCCAUAUGAGUUUAACUGCACAGGUGACAUCCUGACAGUGGACCGCCUUUCCAAGUAUGAGUUGUCAGCACUGGAGAGGGGCCUUCCCCAAAUCUACCCAUUGAGAGAGCUGCAGGAAGAUAAGAUGCAAUAUUUACAGGUUCCCCCAACAAGACGUUAUUCCCAUGAUGAGACAGAGAUGUGGACCACUGGCCAGAUCCCUUCCUACCUUCGUCAGUGGGGAUCAUCAGAGGAUGUGAUAAUUGUGCCACAUUACAGCUCACCACAACAUGAUAGGAGAAGGAGGACAAGUCUUGUGCUGUACCAUGAAGACGGAUUUCCUUACAGAAAACACAGAAAGUCUGAAGAAAAUAUCAUACAGCUAAGACAGCUAAAGAGAGAUGAGCGCUAUGACAAUGACUUCAAGUCCUUCAGUAGGGAGGAAAUAAUCACUUUUAUUGAUGAGACUCCCCUUCCAAGCCCCUCAAACAGUUCUUUGAGGCUGUCUUCCAUUUCUCUCAUUCCUGAUGCUUUUGAGCAGCAUGCAGUCGUGUUCUCUCAUUUUCCAUUGACAAAUUUUGAGCGGGAGCCUCAGGUCCUACGUAGAUAUUCGGGACAGGGAAAAAGCUGCACACCUGAAAUAAUGGGGGCUUCCCAGUCACAGGACAACCAAGAAAAGUUCUCUAGUCAGGAAAACAUAGAAUCUAGUGGAGCUGAGGAGGCCUGUGAAAUGCAUGGGUCUCUGCAUCGCGAAGAGUUUUUGGAUGUGACCAGCUCCUCUGCAGUGGGCGAGCAAUCAUCCAGCAGACUUCAGAUGGAUCAGAGCACUAUGUGGGGUAACCAAGAAAGACUUAUAAAAGUUGAAAGCAAAGGAAGCACUAACAGUUUUUUAAGUUCACCAUCUGCGUCUUCUGGAUAUAUUACAUUUCAUUCAGAUUCAAUUGGAUCAGCAUCAUAGAAAUGGAGUUUUCAUCUGAACUCUGCCACCCCCCAGUUUAUGUAUGAAAUAUUUGCAUUGUCCCAACACUUAAUUUUGUUUGGGUUUUUAUGCAUAAAUAAAUAUUCCUAUUCAUCUAGCUGGCGCUACAUGAAGCACCAAAGAGUACAAUAUAUACAUUCAUUUUCUUGUUUAAUUUAGCAGACUGACACAGUUUUUGUAUUUGAAAUCAAACUGUUUAAAAAUCAACAACUUGAAUGCAGAUUUUCAUGUUCACAUAAAUGGACCAAACUAGAAUCUAUUAGAAAUUAUUCCAAGUAAUGUAAGUUGCAGCUGGAUGAAAUUAAAUGUGCACAAUGACAGAAAUGCAGAAGCUAAGAGCACACAAUUAGUGUUCCGACUGACUGUAUGUUAGUGAUGCACUUCCACUUACUGGCAAAAGUGAAACACGAUGGGGACAUAGCUGGAUGACAAAUGAUGGCCAUUUUCACUUUAGGAUAUGUUAGAAACAGAUAUGCAAAACAUGCACUUGUCAAGAUCUCCAACAUGUAUCUUUUGGCUGAUGAAAACAUGACAUCAAUAAGCUUAGCUGUUUGUGGCACAAAGUUAAUUCAAACAGUGAUGCUUUUGAAGACCAGGAAAACAUUUCACCAAUUUCAUUCUUCCUCUCAUUUUAGGUACUUACUUUUUGGGUCCCAGGGAAGCCAAAUCCAGUCCUGGCAAGCAGGAAUAAGGCAGACAAACAAUACUGGAAGGGAUACCAGCCCAUUGCAGAAACACAUACUCAUGCACACAUGCAUGCGCACACAUGCACACACACACACACACACACACACACACACACACACACACACACACACACACACACACACACACACUCUUAUAACAAGUUUAGAUGAUCACCAAUUCAACUAUUAGCAUGUCUUUGGGGAGGUGGAGAAGGGAAAAAACCCAUACAGACACUGUGAGAAUGUAUAAGCUUCAAUCAGAAACCAAAUCAUAGUUCAUAUUCUGUAAAGCAGUUAUAAUAACUUUUGCAGCAGUAUGACAUCCAUUUCUGUCAUUAUCAAAUUCAGAAAAUAACUCUAGAUUUAGACAUCAGUCAAAAAUCCCUGUGUAUAAACUUAUCUCUGCCUUAUAUUUUGAUAUUUCAGUUAAUAUAAAAUGAAAUGAAGAAAUGAAAGCAUAAAAGUUGCCGGUGAAAAUUAUGGAAAAAAGCAAUUUUUUUCUAAAACUAUGUGACAGUCUCAUAUAAACUGAGGAGCUUACUGAGUGCAUUUUUGUUAAAUCAGUAGGGCGUGCCAAAGUAUACCAGUCAACAUUAUAUCCCGGAGAUGUGGCAUCCAAGGCAGAAUCCCUAAUACUUUCUUGCCAUUGCAAAAUAUGUGUCUUCCAACUUUUAUUUUAAAAAGUAAAAAAACAGCUGCAGGGUAUGACAUAUUUUUGAUUUAUGAGAUUUUGUUUGAAAGCUCAUCUAUGAAAUUACUUCAUUCAUUUUUUUCAGUUAUAGUUUUAGUUUAGUUUUUUUAAUAUAUCUUUCUGCCAUUUUUGCAUCUAUCAACAAUUUACAUUUAUUUUAUCCAUUUUAUAAUGAAGCGAACAUACUUAACAAGUUGUGGUUUGUUAUUAUACCCGAAUCUGUGUUUUAUGAAAGAAGAAUCAGUAAAAAAUGUUUUCAGCCAUAUUAAGAAUCUAUACUUUUCCAUAAUAUAAAACACAUUGAAAUGGUAUUAAUUUGUUUGAUAUUAUUUUUCAUUGAACUAUGAACCUGUAAGACCAUUUUGUCUUUACCAGGUUGGUAAACUGGCAUUAAUUAUGAUAACUAAAGGAGUGCAGAGGGCAAAACCACUGCAUAGGGGAUUUGAAGGAGUUACCCCAGGUGGAAUAAGUUUAUAGAUUUGACCCAUUCAAUGGGACUGGCUCCUAGAAUUAUGCUUUGGUUAGUUAAAACUCAGCCAAGGAUGUUAGAACCACUGGAAUCCAUUACAGUAUUCAAAAAGUGGUCAAAAGUGUGAGAUUGACUGAUAUGAUCAGUGACGGCCAUUCUGAUAUUUGAAAAUAUCAUUUUCAAUAAAAGACAAAUGUAGCCAAUGGAUUUGUAGAAUUUUUGUUUGCUUUGUGAUACCUGUUAUCUACUGAUAUAUGAUUUGUCAAGUCACAUAUGGAAUAAUGUUAUCAAAAUAUUCUUUCAACAGAUUGACCCUUUUGACUCCAAAAAACAGUAUAGGAAUAAAACAGCCUUUUUUCCUGUAACACAGUAAAUUGUGUACAUUUGGUAUUGGGGUGACCCCUGCAUAGGAGAAUGAUGGUAAAUAGAUCUGUAAAAACAGAUUUUUAUUGUUUUACUUUUCUCCAUAAGUUUUUUUUUUUCAAGAAGAUUUAAUUUACUAUUUUCUCUUGAUGAACCAUGAUUUUUUGAAUCAUGCUUUGUCUAGGUCUUUACUUUAAUUUUUUGCAACGUCAGAAAAAAUGGGUGAGGGGUGAUAGGCCAAUUCCAUGUCAGCAUUCCUUUAGUGACUUGACUCCUUGUAUUAGAAGUAGUGAAACCUCAACCUGUCUCAUCCCAUCUGGAGUAAGCAAAAGUCCAUACUUCUCUGUAGGGCGAAUACCUACUAACACCUCUAGAUUGUUCACCAAGGAAACAGGUCCUCACUGUUGUGGGCACAUGUUACCUUCUAGUUCAGUCACACUGCACUAUAUUAAGCACAUUCAUUGGGCUCAAAUGAUUUGCUUUCAUGUAGCCAACUCAUGUAAGAGAUAUUAUGGACAUCACACUAGUGACAUGAGUUCCAUUAGGGAGCCUCAGUCAUGGAGAACUGGAUAGGAGGGAGAGGCCUUACCAUAGAAGAACACACUGCCCUUUGUUGGAUGGAGAUUUUGGGAUGCAGGGGCUAGUUAACUGCUAUGGGAAGCAUAGCAAAGUCAAUCUUUUCUGCAAUCCACGUGUAAGCAGAU